ACUUCUUUGGAUCGUUCCCAUACCAUCGGCUGGUGAUGGCCAUGGACCUGAAGCAGAAGGAGUUCGUGGCACACGGCAGCGUGCAGCAGAUCCUGGAAGUGGCGUGGGCGGGCAACUGGUACGUGUGGAAAGAUCGCUGGUCAAAUACAUCGGCCUGGGCCGUGCUGUUUCGCGUGCCCCUGCUUCUGUGGAUUCUCCUCCUAUACCUGUUCGCGCCGUAUUCGAAGAACAGCGAAUACUACUCACUGCCCGUGAACAGGAUGAUAAACUAUCUGGCGUCGUACGCCGUGUUCCUGGUGGUGCUGACGUGGGCCAACAACCUGGACAAGCCAGUGACCGAUUGCCCCGACGACACGGUGAGCCUGGUGCUCAAAGUUAUUAUCGUGGUGUACGCCGUAACGUUCGUGUUGCGCACCACCAAGAUGGUCGUGGUGCAGGGUCCUUGGCGGUUCUUCAGAAUGUUGUGGAACAUAUACGACUGCGUUAAACUGUGCAUGCUAGGCGCCACAGUUGUGUGUUGGUGGUUGUCGUACUUGAACCCACGCAACCCACCCGUCGAGCGUAAAUACUGGACAUCGCUGCAUCCAACGCUGGUCGGCGAGGGCCUUCUGGCCGUGGUCACGGUCAUGUCCUACCUCCGGCUGCUGUUUCUGUGCCAGCUCAGCUACUCGCUGGGCCCACUGCAGGUGUCCCUGGGAAAAAUGACCACAGACUUUGCCCGGCUGGCCGCCGUGUUCGGCAUAAUCAUAGUGGCGUUCACCGCGGGCCUUUGCAGAUUUUACCAGUACUACGCGGGCAUGACGCGCGUCGACCCGGUCACUGGUUACGAGACCAAGCAAGACGAGUCGUUCGUAAACGUAUACUCAACGCUCAAGACACUCUUCUGGGGCGUGUUUUGCAUGACAUCGUCCACGGCCGGCACGGUGGUCAUCGAGAACCCGCCCGCCGAAGAAGGCGAAGAAGCAUCGCCCGUCAACAACCACUACAUCACACAGGCCGUGGGCACGCUCCUUUAUUCCGUGUUCCAGACCCUGUCCGUGAUCGUCACGCUAAACAUGCUCAUCGCCACCAUGACCAACACCUUUCAACGGGUCACUGGCAACUCAUACGUGGAAUGGGUGUUCGGCCGUACGGAGGUGUUCCUGUCGUUCUCAAUGCACAGCGACCUGCCACCGCCCCUAAACAUUGUGCCAACUAUCCGCUGCGUGGUGGAACUUUUUAUGUGGGUGGUCAGCUGCUGCAAGGCCAGCUCCAUGGGCUUUUUCCACAUGGUAUCGUCAAAGAAAUAUCCAGACCCCUUUUCCGGGGAUGAAGCUUUCCGUAAGCUGAUGGAGAAACUCAGUCGACGGUACUUGCGGCAUAGGCAGCGACCGGCCGACUCCAAAAAAAUGCUCUACGGCCUGUAAUUGAACAUUAUUUUUACGCUAUACCAGAACGGUAGUGAUGUUUUCUCGCUUAAACGCCGACGAUCGAAUAACUGCGGUCGCUGUCGUUGCUGAUAACUAGUAUAUUAUAUAGGUAAUAAUCAUUUUGUAUUUUUGACGCUUAUGAUGAAAUGAAACAUAUUUUUUGUUUCAUCCAAUCAUGUAAUCGUCAUUAAUGAAUAGUUCCAUGUGAUAUAAUAUGAUAAUAUCAGCCCACACUUUCAUAGAGUAACAUUUUAUCUGUAAUUUCGUAGUAGGAAAAUAAAGGUAGGCAACCGACAUUAUUUUGUAUCAAAAUUUAGAUAUCUAUCGGCUAUCAGACAGAAAAUACUAAUAAAGAGUUUCUGAACACUAUCUAAUUGCCUCAUAAAAUUUAUUUGAGAACAAAAAUCUAAAGGGAAAUCAUUGACUAAUUCAAAUCUAUUUUAAUAAGUCAAUAAUACAUAUUUCUAUCAAUGGGUAUAGUGGAAAAAGUGGUGUAUGAAUACGUUUAACAAGAAAAACUAUUUUUUUUUUUUUUAUGACCUGUUUGGUGAAGUGACACGCAUGAGAUUAUGGAAGUUACGUUGGUAGCUAUUGGGUAAUGAGUGUUCACGGCUCACGCAUAUUAAUGAUUACUACAAACAUUUACCCACUACAUUAUAUUGCACACAAAAACACACGGCUUAUACUCAUCAUAGUGCUCACGCAUAAUAUAUUAUAUAUCCCUCCCUAAAACGGACUGUUCAAAAUCACAUCAGCGAUUUUAGGGCAACAAUAGUUAACGCGUUUUCGUGUGACGUUACGACUACAACAGAUCUCUAGCAUAUGUACGGAGAACUCAACCGCAGAAGGGUCACCAUAAUGUUAGCCAAAACAACAAAUUUCAUGUAUUUUGUAAUCUAGUCUGAAAGCACCUUCGCGACAGCUUACAUAAAAUAUUACUACAACUUGUGUUUUUAUCGUAACUAAACAUUUAACCCUCUUAAAAUAAAUAAAUUCGUACAGGCACGUCCACACGGUGCGGCAUUUAUUUCCCGAUUAUCUUCCAGUAGACAAUACUGAUGAUGCCGCGCGCGGCUUUUCCGAAAAUACGUCCACACACACGCGGCAUAGGCGAGCGGCACAAGCCGCGCGGCUUUCCUUUGAUGUAGACCGCCUACUAGGCCGAUCGGAAAUUAUGCCGCGCGGCAUCAAAAAAAUCCGCAGAAAAUGUAUUUAUGUAUUCACGCUCAUGCCGCGCGGCAAAAGCUGCUCCGUCUGGACGCGCCUUACAACUAUUAAUUAACAUCACAAUAUUAAUUCCACUAAACUUCUUCGCCGAUCGUUGAUCUGCAAGUAUGCAACUUGUUCGAUUUCAUUAAAGUUUUAGACUUUAUAGUACGCAAUAAUAAUAUAAUAGAUUAGUCUAAUGAGUUGCUUUAAAUAAUAAAAAGUAUUAAUUUUCUUAAACCUGCAGUACUGUUACUUGAUAAUACAAUAGUGGACAAUUUGACAUAUUUGUUUCCACAAUUAUAAGAUCCCAUUCAGUGUUCGAAAAGUUUACUCAAAACUGAACUCGUUCGCGCUCACGUUCAAUGUAUAUCUAAUUAACUCGUUCACGUUCAUUAUUUUUUCAAAGGAAUACGUUUACGUUUCGUUUGCGUUCAUUGGGUCAUUCAUUAAAUUAUUUAUUUAAAAAUGAAAUACCAUCAUGGAUAUAUUUUUUUUUUUGACUUUGAAAUAGUAUGAAAGUACAAAUGUACAAUCCUGAAGACAAAAAAAAUGAUUUAAUAAAAGUUUUCUACAAGUAUGAAUUAUGUUAACGUUCACACUAUAUGUAUAAGAAAUGAGUUUCGUUUACUAAAUAUGAAUGUGAAUGAAAUCGAAGCACGUUCAUUCCAAAAACUAUUCCCAUGUUUAUUCUGUGGGUAAAACACUAUUGGCUAUUAACCAUGGUUUUCUCAAAAAUUAAUAAAGUUUACAAUUAAUGUCAUCGAAGACGAAAGAUUUCGAACGAUUAUGAGAAAUUUAUAUGAUUUUAAAUAGUGGCUUACGCCUAAAUGUAUUUGCACGUUAGCAUCGUUGGGGAAAAAAUCAAAAAAGAACCUAUAGAUGUGAUAAUUUUGAGGUGAAUGCUGUUAUGUCACCACUACGACGUUAUCGACACGGAAACUGGACAUUUUCACAUCACAAAAUAAAUGACGUGUGAAAUAGCACACUUUCAAGUAGUAUUUUUUUUUUUUUACUUACCACCGUUCAAACGAAUCGUUCAGAUUUUUUUAUCGCACGUGUGAUUACGGGGGUUUUUUUUAUCGAAAUCGUAUAAUGGCUUAUACGUGAUCGGCACUGAUGUUCCUUUGUGAGUGUGUGUAUUUGAUUUAUUGUUACUAUAUACACGCUACUGUAUAACCGCUACAAUAUUAAAAUUGAGCCAAUUGGAAGUCAUAACUAAUUUAUUUCAAAAAUAUAAAAAAUUCCAUUCAUUAAAUAAAACACCUAUUACAAGUCAUAAUACAUUAUGCAGAUUUUAUUACUAUAUUACCUACCUAACCAACCUAACCUAACCAUGGUAUGCAGUAGGCAAAACUUGAUCCAUAACAUACGUAUACAUACAACUGUUAUCAAAAAUACAAUAAUUUAUGGAUGUCGGAAACCGUAUCUCGAGCAU